UGUGUGCGUUUGUGUUGAAAAAAGUGUGUUUUUACAUAGUCCUGGUUGUGUAGAUACAAAAAUAGUUGAUCAGACCAGCCCACACAACACACAUAACACUCAUAGCCCCUCAUUGAUAGGGGCACAUGUGCUCAUGAUGGAGAAAAGGAUACUGUGUAUAUAGACUUUUGUGUAUAUUCACAAAAAAGUUUUGUCUCUACAAGCAGAACUAUGAGUUAAUAACAAGUGAAUAUUUCAGCAAACGUCACUGUUAUUCUAUCACUUGUGGCUGAAUUAGAAACACAUCAGGUUCAUGAAAAGGUGAAGAGGUUCUGAUAUACCUAAUAAGCUCAUAACAAAAUGAUUUUGUUCUCCAAGAAGCCUAGUGACAUUUAAUCCAUUUCCUGCGGAGGUAGAGAAGAGAUUGAGCGAAUUUAAUCAAAGUAUUUCAACACCAGGCUGAAGGACAAAGUACAACCUCGGGUCUGAAACUUACUGUGAUUGUUUAUGAAACCUAAGAAUUAGAGAUCACAGAACACUGAAUGAUACAAUUAUUGCAACCACCUAUUAAAUUAGGAAGACAAAACAACAAGUGAUAAUGUGCGUUUGACAAUAAGAGAGACCCACGUAGUGGAGAACUCAAUACAGCGAAGCCCACUAGGUGCGGUAGAGGCCAUCUUGUAGGAGGGUGUGGGAGCACAGAAGUCAAUUUUUGUGAUGAAUUGAGCGGAAGGGAGAGGUUUGUCUCGCUCUUGGGAUUUAUAGAUGCUUGGCAGGUCACUGCAUGGAUGAGCCACUGAUCAUCCCUAAAUCCUGACCAAGCAAAGCAUCUCAUCAUCACUAUAAGCUUCCCGGGCAGCAUCUAGUUUGUGUCUUGAAAAAAAGAAGGACAGAGCAUUAGUUUCACUCCCCUUUAAACUCAUCUGAGCAGAGUUAGAUUCAUGCUCAGAAGGGCGUAAAGUUAAUGGCUUCGUCUUCAGGUGUGCUCGGUUAUGGUUUUCACAGGCAAUACUUUUGGUUUUCAAUUUCAAACGUUUGACACAUAACAGAUUAAUCUUCAUUAUCAAGAUAUGGUUAAAUAGUGUGUCACUUGCAUGUCUAGAUCUGAGAUCCUUGAGAUGCUCCAGAUCUGCAGCAAUAGAGAAGGCCACAUAGAUAGAAAUGUGAGGUUACUUGUUAUCUCUACUUAAAUCGGUAGGUUUUAUCAAUGAAUCUGUUUUUCGUUUAACCGCUAAGCUCUGUUGCUCUUUAAAUUGACAGCUGCUGUUGACUGAAGCCAAACAGAGACAGAAAUUGAUAUGCUUCUUCAUUAUGUAACAGAUCCUUGAAAUUACAUUUUUUAGCUGUUUAUUUUACCACAUAAGCAAGAGUUUCUUUUUGCAGUAAGAGGCAUCACUCGAUAAAAUCUGAUGGUUUUCUCAGUCAAUAGAGGUCGGACCUGUCAAUCACAAACUAGCAUUCUGCCCUCAGAUGUUGAGCUUUAUCGUUUGUUCAUUGAACUGGGUUUAUUGAUGACCUAUUGUGUUGAAAGACCUCGGCACUUUGUCAAACAAAGAAUGCCAAUUGAACUGUGUUAGAUAGGGCUCAUGUUAUUGUAUAUUACUUUUUGCUUCUAUUGAUUGUAGCUGAGCAUACCUCAGCACAAACUCAAACCCUCUCCUCAAACUCAAUAGCUCAUCACAAUCCUGGCCACUGAUAGAAGCCCCGGGUACAUUUACUAGCAGAUUUAGCUGCCCAGAUUGUUUCUGAUCUCGGUUAGAUUAUAACUUUUUGUCUAGGUAGAAGGUUUAAGAGUCUAGUCGAUGGAACACACAAAGUUUCAGGCCUGGGGACCAAGAAUGACACAGAAAUGCAGGUCACUCAAAGUCCAAUAGAUGAGAAUAAAUGAAGAAGUAAGGUAAUGUUCUGAUCCAGACACGUCGGAAAUAUCCAGACCUAAAUGAUAUUAUUUUCUGCUAAGGUUAGCACUAGGUUAGUACCUUGUUCUUAACAUCUGGAACAUACUGAUAUCUGGUACAAACACUUCAAGUCGUUACUCUAAGUGACACUUAUAAGUGAGAAACAUAAUCAGCAAGAUUUAAUGCAUUAAACAGUGUGGGACAGUAGGUGUUGGACACAGUCAAACCUAAAUUCUCACAGUCUCUUUCAGACAGAUGGUCAGAAACUACUCGGUAUAUUUCCAACAUCUUCCACUUGUGUUGCUUCAUAAAAUAAAAUAAAAUUACUAAUUACUUGUAUUGGUGUUUGUCAUUUUAAUGAUUGGUUGUGUUACUUGAAAAUGUUCUUCUGCUGAAAGUGCCUUAAAUUAUUUAAUCAGAGAUUUUGAAAAAAUAGAUUUGGAGCAGAGAUCAAACGUUAGCUUUAUUCAAGAACAGAUGGACAUAGUCUUUGCAGAAAUACUUAUUAAAGGGCUUAUUGUUGUCAAAGCAGAUUGUGUUGUUCACAUGCAAAACAUUUGCUUUUUUCAAUCUAUUUGGGACAAGGAAACUCAGUCAGUUAUCUAUUUUAUAAUUAAUAGAAGAGACGAGACUAAAAUUACUGUCAAGUGUUUACAACCAGAAAAAAACUACAAUACAACCAGAGAAAAACUAUUUCCAUGUGCUAGUAGAAAGAUCUGCUCAACUCUUCAGCUUCAGUCCAACACGUUUCAUGUAGUCCUUAUGAUAAUAGUGCAGGGAGAGAGAGAGAAUGAGAGAGAAUGAGAGAGAGAGAGAAAAGAAAAUAUACUCAUUUAGCUCUUAUGUCGUACUCUUAGUUCCAUGUAAGUGUUCAAUAAUCUUUUGAUUUCAUGUUAUCAGAAAUAAUAUACAGAUUGUAACUUAAAGAUAACGUGAAGAUGUGACAAUACAUCAAGAUUAUACUGCACUGUUGUUUUUCUCAUCUAACAAAUCUUUACGCCAAAUGACUUCAAUGAUUUUGACUAUUUGUUAAAUUCGUUGCUGUAAACUGGUUUUUAAGUUGCUUUGUAUGAAAGCAUCCGCGAAAUGACCAAAUGUAAAUUGAGCAGUUUCCAAUUUAUGUUUUGUUUUAUAGUUCAUUUUUUUAAGCAAAUCCACACCUUUAAUCGAAAAGUUUCCCAUACAAUAUAUUAAUUUUUAUCCAUUAUUUACUCAUCCCAUCCUAGUGUAUAUUACACUCUGUCUGCAGCUGUACACAAUUUGAGUCAUUUUGAAAAUGGCUCUUCACGGUGUUGUAAUGGCAUUGAAGAAAAAGAAAAUAAAAGGUGCAUAUAUCUAUCAUGAAUUAAGGUGACUCCAGGGUUUAUGAGGAGCAAACCAGUACAUUUGCUUGUAAAAAGAUUAAUACCAUACUUUAGCCGUAUUUAUCUAAGAUAGGCCGGCUAGACUUUGAAAAUGUACUGUAUAGGUGAAACAACUGCAUGCUUAAUGGUGUCACGCUGACUCCCUUUAUUUCACCGUGUAGUGAAUAAAUGAUAUAUUAAAAUCCAUUUUGGUGUAAUCUAUGCCUUUAAAGAGAUCCUAAUUUAGUCUAAUAGAGAAAAAUAAAAAAACACUGUUUUUAAAAGGACUCGAGUGUUAAAGGAAAGUUUCUUCUAUGACAUUGUGAAGCACCUUUAUUUUUAAGAAUGUCUACUAAUAGCAACUGCUUAGAUUUCAUUACACACUGUCAGCAGCACAAACAGUGUUGGAUGCUUAAAUCUGCUGUUGCCUAGACAACCAGAGGAGGGAAUUAUGCUAAAUAAUUGGUGGAGAAUGACAGGGAAAUCCGCAGCACAAACAAUUUACAGAUUGAACAGGUUUGCAGUGUCGCUAGGAGUUUGGUAAACGAAUCUUGGCUAGAAACGGAUCAGUCAGAACCACAGCUCACCAGAAUGCAAAGUUCUUCCAAUAACAGAAUGAAUGGUGAUAGACAUUUUCCUCUAAUGAAAUCUCAUUCGCUCCACUGAUGAAUUCCCUAAUAUGAUGCUCAGCGGGACUAUGUGAAUCGCCAUUAUGUCAAAAUCACAAGAACUCAGAGCCGCUGAAGACUGACUGACAGCGUGAUUGAGACUCCUGUGUGAGUUACGGAAGCAAUUGUUCUGUCUGUCUUAUGAAUCAGCGCUUGCUCUUUUCAAGUUGAGGAGUGUCAAAUAAUUGCCAAAAUGAGAUUUCAGUCCUCAUGAUGCUACACACAAAGAAUUUCUGUGUUCUAUAUUCAGAUUAUUAUAACUAACAAAAUGCAAUGCAUGAUAAUGAGGCAAUAUUUUUUGUAUAUGGUACUAACAUGCUUUUUUUAAUAAAGUAAAUGUUUAUUAUGUGUUUUUUUUAGCAACAAUAUUUCAACAAUAUUUCUUUAGAUGACUUGGAGUAGCACGCAAAUAACAUUGUAUUAGUAUAGAUCUUUUUGAUAACUUUAAACUAACAUUAUGUAAAAAAACUGUGUUUGUCAUUCUGAUAAAUGUUGGCAGACUAUAGAAUAUAUCACCUUAUAACUGUUGAAAAUAAAUAAAUAAAAUAUUUUAUAGCUAAUAGAUGUUGUUUAAAGUUUACAAAUUUAUAAUUUUUGCAUUUCAGCUUUUAAUCUACUUGCAUGUAAUGGCCCUUACUGUUUUAAAUGUGUGUCUGUUCAUCUCGUAUGGGGUUUUGUGAGGUCACAGUACAGUGACUCCUGCCUGUCAGCUGUUCUCAUGUAUAAGGCGGCGUUUGUCAGUUCACUUGUUUUUCAGCCCUCAUUUAAGCAGUUCACUUUAUAAGAGGCUGUGGAUCGAUGCAUCUGAUCCGACCGACAAAGUUAUUGACCCGGACUCAGACCCGACCAGUGCAUUUGUGAAGGGUUCUGUGAUGCUGCCUCAUGUCUCUGUAGUGCAAGGAAGCCUACGGGAUUCUGGGUAACAGGUAGCUGUUGACAUCAACUUUCUGAUCCAGUAACAGUGCUUUCUCCUCAGGCGUGUUUCACUUCACCGUUGCUCUCACAGCCUGUUCUGUUUUGAUGAAAGCUUUUCAUUUAAUGCUGCUUUACCAAAUUCAUUCGCAUUAUGAGCUAAAAAAUUGUUAAGCGCUGCUGGUAUGAAUGAGCGUUUUAUUACAUUCAGGUCUCUGAAAAUCGCAAUAAAUUAAAUGCUCAUGGACAUCAAUCUACUCGGGAAUAAAAGCAUUUAGAUUAAGCCUGGCUCAGACUACAGGAGUUUUAAAAUCCUGACAGAUUUUAAAUCUGGUUGCAGCUCACACAUGAGGAGAAUCUUGCCAGAUUCUCUUAUGUACAAUCCUAAACCUGGCUCAGACUACAGGAGUUUUAAAAUCCUGACAGAUUUGAAAUUCUGGUUGCAGCUCACACAUAAGGAGAAUCUUAUCAGAUUCUCUUAUGUAAAAUCUUAAACCUGCCAUUACAUCUACAUUUGAAUCUCUUUUUCAAGCACUACAAAAAUAGGUUUGCCCUUUGUGAAUGUGAAAUGUCCAGAGAAGAAAACGUUGGGGGUAAAGUUGUGUUGCAGAACACAAAAGAAGAUAUUCUGAAGAAAGUUGGUAACUCAACAGCUGUCACGGAUAGCAGAGAGAAAACAAGGAGCGAAAAGUCCAAACAGAACACAUUAAGUUAAAUCCAGGUAAAGCGACACAUGAGGGACAACAUACAAGAACGAUACACACCAGACAACUGAACACAAGGGCUAUAUAUACACAGAUGAAGGGACAAACAGGUAAUGAGGCACAGGUGAAACCUUGAUAACGAGACAAAGCAUAAUGGGAACUGAAGUCCUUACAAAACACAGACAGAACACAGAAUAGCAUGGCGCCCACAGGUGGCGAACCAAGCGCCAGCAACGGGGGUGACAACAGCACUGGACACAAAACCAAUGCAAGUGAAUGAGUUAAUAACAUUCCUCAAAAUAUAUUUUGUGUUCUGCGAGACAGCAAGUCAUACAGGUUUGAAAUGACAAAUGGGUGAGUUAAAGAUGACAGGAUUUUUAUUUUUGGUUGAAUUAUCCUUGGUUUAAAAUUAUUUUCUUUGGUUACCAAAAGUUUAGGGAGGGGUUCACCUAUAUUGUUUUACUUUUAUUUUCACCUCUUUGAUUCUUCACUUCGUUUACUACUUAUUAAAUGUUGUAAUAUUUGUUUUAUUGUUGUGCCUAAAUAAUUAUGUUACUUCUAGUCUGUAGGGGGAGGUAUGUCUCUGCUCUGCUUGUACUGUACAGUUACCUACAUUAUAAAAUUACUACUUUUUCUGUUUCACUCUCAGAGUCUCUGUGGUGGUUCAAAGAUGCCCUCCAGGACCUUCUGGCAAACAGACAUAUGUUUCUUCUUUUCGUUUGUCCCAAUGAUGUUACAACCAUUCUAGGGCAUUUCAUUUCUGACAUUUUAGAUGGUUUAGAGAGUGUACAGGACAAAAAUUUACUUACAUUUAAAUGUUGUGUUCCUACUGUAGACCAUCAUUACAAGAUAUUUACCAUUAACAUUUGUUUAUUAGAGAGUAUCAAUGCGUAAACUAAUAAACACAGCUUCCCCUUCGCUGUUUAAUCUAUUGUCUCAACACAUGCUUACCACUCUCUUAUUAUGCAGUUUAACCAGACAUGGCAAUGGAUGAAAAUAAACAGUAUUCUUUAUCAAACAGACUUUGAAAACAAAUGUGUGUUGGCAAAGUUCCUAUAUCAAAAUGUAAAGGAAAAAUGCAAUGUAAGGAUAAAAGCGUAAAUUGUAAAUGUAAAUUUAAAGUGAGAGUUGGUCUUUAGAUGUCUGUGUGUUGAUCAUUGAUUAAAGCAUUUAUUGAUGAAAGAUAGAAAGUAUCAAAAGGGACCAACCAGAGAUGUUUCAGGCAGUACUAUUUUUCUUCAGAAAAUGUAGCGGUACAUAAAUGACACCCUUCAUAAUUUGGUUCGUGUUUAUAUCAGCACCAUGGACAGCAGCCUUCAAUUACUAACUGCACAUUAUUAAUGUUUCAUUGUGUCAGGGUUUAUAACAAUGAUGCCCACCACACAUAAUGAAACACUGACAACUCCGUAUAGAUUAUAACAUUUAUUCUUCAAUUGAAAUGAUUUUGUUGUGUGCCGUGUAAUAACCACUGUGUUGAAAGUAUUGUCACAGCUCAUCUUUAAGAUUUGUCAGGUACAUGUCUCAAUUCCAUUUUCUUUUGCGUUUAAUUGUUUGUAUUUUUAUUGUUGGACAGAUUACCGAUUCCACAUUCAUGCAAUUCAGCUAUUUUGUUUACGAAGGAGAAAAUAUCUUGUAUGUCUGUAUUUCACUGUUCAAUUAGUGACAAUGAAGCUGAAUACGCAAAAAAUCUGAUAGAUUGUGCGCGGCUGCGCACAGAGGGAGAGAGAGAGAGAGAGAGAGAGAGAGAGAGAGAGAGAGAGAGAGAGACCCAUUGGUAUAGAGGGAGGACACAGAGGGAGAAUGCGAUAAGGAUGGAGGCAUGGCAAAAGAAAGGAGAGAACCGAAAUUCACAACACUUUUGAAUAGUCAUGAAGCAGUUGUGGAACUUAAUACACAUCAGGCUCAUGUCAGAGGAGAAGUCGCGGAUUUGCGGUAUGAAUCCGUCUGCAUUUGAAGUGAACGCUCGUGCUUAUGGGGUUUGAGGACAUGAACAUGAUGAACGGACGGGCUUUGUCCGAUCAGUGGGCCGACAGCGUGGUGGUCCGACCACGGACCACCGAACAGCACAUCACGGUGCACAAGAGACUGGUGCUGGGCUUCGCCAUCUCCAUCAUCACCCUCAUCAUCGUCACGGUCAUCGCCAUCACGCUCAGCGUCAGCUUCGAGAGAUGCGCCACGGAGAGCAGCGGGACUCUGGCCGGUAACGGCUCCAGUAACAAGUCCAGUCAGUCCCGGGACAGAAGCAUCAGUCAAAGAGAAUCAGAGGAUGGCCAACAGCCCUGGAGACACCUGCGCUUACCGGCCACCCUGCGCCCUCGCCACUACGACCUCAGACUGUCCGUGUACAUGGAUAAUUUCACGUUCUCCGGUGAAGUGAACAUUGAGUUUGAAUGCGUGAACUCCACUAAGUUCAUCGUGUUGCACACAGACAGACUGGAGGUGAAUAAAGUGCAGGUGUAUUCAGACAGUAAGAAAACAGGCGUCAUGAGGAUCCACCGACGCUUUUACCACCAACCCAACCAGGUGUAUGUGAUCGCGCUCAACAGAGAGAUGAAGCCCCUCAGAACAUAUAAGAUCAACAUCACGUUUGAAGCGCAGAUUGAAAAUGAACUCUUGGGAUUUUUUCGCAGUUCAUACAUGCUGCACGGUGAAAGAAGGUAUCUGGCUGUGACGCAGUUCUCUCCCACUCAUGCCAGAAAGGCCUUCCCGUGUUUCGACGAGCCCAUUUAUAAAGCCACAUUCAGAGUGAGUUUGAGACACGAGAGCUCGUAUCAGUCGCUGUCCAACAUGCCAGUGGAGGCGUCUACAUUUGAUGAGGACGGAUGGGUGACCAACCAUUUCUCCAGGACGCCCCGUAUGUCCACAUACUACCUGGCCUGGGCGGUGUGCAACUUCACCUACAGAGAAGCAGUAACAGAUAAUGGAGUUGUGAUUCGGCUGUACGCCAGACCCGACGCCAUCCAUAGCGGAUCUGGAGACUACGCACUGCACAUCACCAAGAGACUCCUGCAGUUCUACGAGGAUUACUUCAAAGUCAAAUAUUCCCUCCCUAAACUAGAUCUGCUGGCAGUUCCCAAGCAUCCGUAUGCAGCCAUGGAGAACUGGGGUCUGAGUGUGUUUGUGGAGCAGAAGAUCUUGUUGGAUCCUGACGUCUCUUCCUUCUCCUAUCAGAUGGAGCUCACCAUGGUGGUGGUGCACGAGAUCUGCCAUCAGUGGUUUGGAGAUCUGGUCACACCAGUUUGGUGGGAGGACGUUUGGCUAAAGGAGGGAUUUGCUCAUUUCUUUGAGUACAUUGGGACUGACUUCCUCUUUCCAAAGUGGAACAUGGAGAAACAGAGAUUUCUGACUGAUGUUCUACAUGAGGUGAUGUUAUUGGACGGUUUGGCUAAUUCUCAUCCAAUCUCUCAAGAAGUGUAUGAAGCAACAGACAUUGACAGGGUGUUUGACUGGAUUGCGUAUAAGAAGGGAGCCGCUCUGAUCCGCAUGCUGGCUCAUGUCAUGGGACAGCCGGCAUUCCAGAGAGGACUCAAUGAUUACUUGAUGACGUACAUGUACGGGAACGCAGCGAGAGAUGACUUGUGGAACACAUUCUCUGAGGCCAUGCGGAGGGAGGGGAAGGACAUCAACAUCACAGAGUUCAUGGACCGUUGGACCCUGCAGAUGGGUUACCCUGUCGUCACCAUCAGCAAGAAUGACAGUCUUGACAACACUGUCACCAUCUCCCAGGAGCACUUUGUGUAUGACAUAGAUGCCAAGAUCCGGGAUCCCGAGCUGUUCAAUAAAAGCUUCCAGUGGCAAAUCCCCCUGACGCUCACAGUGGGAAACUCUAGUCACAUAUCAAAAGAAAACAUUAUUUGGAUCUGUAAUCAAACAGAGAUGCACAGAGUCGGUCACAUGGAUGGUGAGACGUGGUUACUGGGUAACAUCAAUCAAACGGGAUACUUUAGAGUGAAUUAUGACCUGCACAACUGGAGACUUCUCAUUCAACAACUCAUGACCAACCCAACGAUCAUCUCUGUGGGAAACAGGGCCGGUCUGAUAGAUGAUGUCUUUAACUUGGCGAGGGCGGGCUAUCUGCCUCAAAACAUCCCUCUUCAGAUCAUCUCAUAUUUGUCUCAGGAGAGCGAGUUUCUGCCCUGGCAUGCUGCAAGUCGAGCUCUUUACCAGCUGGACAAACUCCUGGACAGCACCAAAGACCACAGCCUCUUCAGCGAUUAUGUGCUGAAACAGGUUUCACCAAAGUACCACAAGAUGGGCUGGCCGACCACUUUCUCCGACGGCUCCUUCACGCAGGCUGCUUAUCAGAGCCAAGAGUUGCAGAGAGAGGUGAUCAUGCUGGCGUGUAGCUUUGGAAACAAACACUGUCACCAUCAAGCCGUGUCUCUCAUUUCAGACUGGAUUUCCAGCAACAAGAACAGGAUUCCACCCAAUGUGCGGGACAUCGUGUACUGCACAGCCGUGUCUCUGAUGGACGAAGACGUGUGGGAGUUCAUCUGGAUGAAGUUUCACUCCACCACCGCCGUCUCUGAGAAGAAGAUUCUUCUGGAGGCCUUGACCUGCAGCGACAACAUCUACCUGCUCAACAGGCUUCUGAAUCUGUCUCUGUCCUCUGACAUGGUGCCGGAUCAGGACGUGAUCGAUGUCAUCAUACACGUGGCUCGCAAUCCACUCGGAAGACAUUUAGCAUGGAGAUAUUUCAGAGAGAAGUGGGACAUAUUGAAUUCCAGGUACGGGGAAGCUUUAUUUAUGAACUCAAAAUUAAUAAGCGGCGUGACAGAGUUUCUCAACACAGAGAACGAGUUGAAUGAGUUAAAAUAUUUCAUCCUGACCUGCGGGGGAGCGGCGGCACCUGCGUUCGCUCGGGCCGUCGAGAUCGUUCAAGCUAACGUAAAGUGGCGCACGUUGUUCGAGCAACAGUUCUACCAAUGGCUGCGAAAAGCUCCGGAAGGUUAACGCGACAUCAAGCACGGAACCUUCUAUGAGCGUGGAAGCUCUAUCAGACAUUUCAAGGCCAGUAACUCGCGAAGACUUAAACAAUGUUUAAAAACACAUUUCUGGAUCAUGAGCAUCUGAAAUCAAGACGAAGAUAUUCAACUGCUUAAAAUUUGUCAUCUGUCUGCCAAAGCGGAAGUAUGCAUGAAAAUGCCCUGCCGGAUAAAAAGGAGGAAAUCUUAAAAAAUCGUAAUUUUAGAACAAGCUCCUUUCUUUUGACCAUGUCUAUGUACUUUGGGGUCUGACACAGCCGCACCGCCUCAAAUGAUAACAUCAGCGAGCACAACAGCGUCGCCCUGCUGCCCAGCAUGCUCGCAGCAAACAAAAAAGCUGCUGCUGUACCGAAGUAUAAGGUCCUCUUUGCUUUCUUGCACAAUCGUUAUGUUUAGCACAAUAUUUAAUGACUUGAGACCAUAUCUACCAUCAUCAAAUAGUUGAAUAAAGAUGAGCGCAGUUGGAUAGCGCAUAAAAUAGGCUUUGAAAAUGUUAUUUCGAUGACAUUUAUACCUGGAGCUGUUUUAUACAGGGUCAAUUUAUGCGCAGAGUACAUUUUUUGCCAGAGGCGUGCGUUUUCCGUUCUUGUACCGUAAAACUCAGUGGUAUCGUGUGUGAAUGACAUUAUAAGUAUGGUCAUUUUAUGCAGAUUGGUUGCAUAAUAAAAAUGCAUUGUGGGCUCUAUGUAUGAGUAUGUUUUACAGUAGAAGUGAUGGAGAAUUAUGCCUGACUGCACAUUUAUCUUUCAUAGAUAGGGUUUGGAUAAUAUAAAGAAAUUAUAAAAGAACUCAGACCUAAAGAUACGUAGUAAUGUAUAAUGCAUAUACAUGUGCAUACACACCGGCCACUUUAUUAGGUUCAUCUUGUCAAUUGCUAUUUUUAAAUAUCGAAUCAGCCGAUCAUGGGGAAGAAAGACAGAUGGUCAAGAGGAUCUUCAAAAUGGGGAAAGGGAGGAAAAUCGAUUUCCCAUUUCGUGAUUUUCAAUGCAGCGUAGUUGUUGGAGUUGUUCUAAAACUGCCAGUUAAUUGGUAUUUCCACACGUGAAGCUCAGUUUAUAUCAGACUGGAUUUUAAAUUGUACGCGGAUGGCCUCCACAGUCGCCAGAUCUCAAAAACAGGGGAUUCGCUGUCAUGAAUCAGCAACACAUCUGCGGCAACCGUGUGACGCUAUCACGCCAACGCCAUAAAGGUCUCGGAGGAAUUUUUCCAGCAAUGUUGAAUUUAUGCCACAGAUGUCAAAUACUGUGUAUGGGUCACUUACAUUACAGAUUCAGAUUUUUCUUAUUUUCAAUUCAUACAAAUACAGUUAUGUACGUUAAAUCCAUUUUCUGCUCUGAAUUUUAAGUUAUUAUUUUUUCUUUAAAAUUCUGAAACUAACGACUACUGUUUUGUUACGUUGCAUCAUUUAUUUUUAUAGUAAUGACGUUUGUUGUUAAAUAUCAAUAUUUCAAAAUUAAAUCUGCCAAAUCAAAUAUGUCACUGUGGCAAAUUCAUUUUUGGUGUAAUUCUUUUUCGUUUAAAUGAUAUUGAUGCAAAAUGAUCAGUAUUAACUCCAAAAUAUUAUUUUAUCUCCGGUCAUCUUAAACAUGUCUUUGUCUUCGACCGGUAUACACAUUUGUUUUCACUGGUGUGCGGACACUUACAGCGCUUUUUCUUGACGUAGCUGUUUUCAGUUCAUUUCGAAGAAAUGUGUGCUCGUCAAGCAAAUGAGGAUUAUGUCCUGAGGAUUAUUUGUAUCUGUUUAAUUAUUCUGCAUUUUAAUGUAUCUUUGCAAACGUGUAAAGUAGUAAAAAUAACUGGGCAAUCAGGGCCUUUUCUACCUCGAUCUACACAUCUUUUA